ACCAAGGGUGUCGCCUUGCUCACCAGUUAGUGUUCCCUGAGUCGUAGUGGAGACUGCUGGUGUUGCCACCGCUGUUACGAUGGCUUGGAUCUGGACUGUACCCCAACCUCUCGGGAGACGCGGGUCAUCGGAACCUCUUUAGUGGCGGAGUUUGGGCCGCAGGCAUCUUGGCGGCUGCAGGAAAACAGCAGAACCUCUGAAUGGAUUCUUCCUGGAGAACUUUGCUAAUUUGCAGCAGCUGGACCAUGUUCCUCAUUAACAUCUGUCUGUCAGCAUAGUUGUGACAUCAUUUCACUGUGGUGACAGGGACCCAUCUCCGAAUUCUUUGUAGAAAAAGCACCUUGGAUCCAGUUUUUCAAUGGCUUCAAGACAACCAGAAGUGCCUGCUCUUGGGCCCAGUGGGCCUCUAGGCAAGAUGUCCCUGCCCAUCGGGAUGUGCCGCCGGGCAUUCAGCUAUGAUGAUGCCCUGCAGGACCCUGCGCCCAUGACUCCUCCUCCUGCGGACAUGGGUAGCAUCCCCUGGAAGCCAGUGAUUCCAGUGCGCAAGUAUCAGCACCUUGCCAAGGCGGAAGAAGAGGAGACCAGUGUGUCCCCCACUGCCAUGACCCUGGCCACGGCCACUGACAGCACGGACAAGGUCCCGGUGGUGAAGGCCAAAGCUACCCAUGUCCUCAUGAGUUCUCUGAUCACAAAACAGACCCAGGAGAGCAUUCACCGUUUCGAACAACAGGCAGGGCUGAGAGAUGCUGGCUACACACCGCACAAGGGCCUCACCACUGAGGAAAGCAAGUACCUUCGAGUGGCAGAAGCACUCCAUAAACUAAAGCUGCAGAGUGGAGAGAUGACAAAAGAAGAGAAGCAGCCUGCAUCAGGCCAGUCCAGCCCGAGCAGCACCCCUCACUCUUCCCCCAAGCAGAAGUCCAGAGGCUGGUUCACCUCUGGUUCCUCCACAGCCUUAACUGGCCCACCGCCUAGCGCUAUGGAUCCUGGAAGUGGGGACAAAGAUAAAACCUCAUUAGAUAAGUGGAAUGUGUUUGCACCAAGACACCUGCAGAAGUCUGACUCUGGAGGUUUUGCUGUCCAGGCCUACAAAGGAGCCCAGAAGCCCUCUCCCAUGGAGCUGAUCCGGGCCCAGGCCACCCGAAUGGCUGAAGAUCCAGCAGCCUUCAAGCCGCCCAAGAUGGAUAUCCCUGUGACAGAAAUGAAGAAACCACCACCGCGGACCCACAAUCUCAAACCGCGUGACUUGAAUGUGCUCACCCCCACUGGGUUCUAGAGUCUUUCCUGUCCCAGGGACUCUGGGUAGAGGGUUUCUGGUGCCCCACUUACUUUAGCUCUGACAUAGGAAUGGUAUAUUGUUAAGCCUCUUCAACAGAGGCUACCACUGCAGACACAGUUAAUUUUUGGGAAACAUCAGUGCAAAGCUUGUACCUGUGUGGAAGAAACCAUUUUGUACUGCUCCAGACUAAAAAAUCUGAGCAGUAAUUUGGGGGGACCUCGUGACCUAUUUUUGUAUCAUGUAUCCUAGACAAGAACUUCAGUCAUUGCUUACUAGAUAAAUAAUGUUUAUGCUGUUCCAAA